CUUUCCAGUUCCUCUUCCCUUUCACAAAGGCGAGCAGUCAGAAACCGGAGAGAGCAUCAGCUGAUGCCUUCCUUGCCACCCCCCCCCCCCAAUCCCCUUGCCAUUUGCAAAGCUCCUUCAGAAUUUACUGGAGGCUGACCAGGAGGAUAUCCAGAGAAUGAAUCAGCUUGGACUCCAUCUUCUCAGAACAGAGGAGAAGCAGAUUGCGGUCCUGAGGUCAGCGAGAAAAGCCAUCAAUUAAGGGCUAGUAUCCUGGAAGGAAGCCUCUUCCACAUUUGCUUGUGCUCCACAGCAGAGAACAAAGUCAGCCUGGACACCGGCUUUCAGGACUGCAGGGAAACAGCCAUCAUGAGGCAGCCCAAGGACUCUGAAGGAAGGGCUCCCAGCAGAGCAGGAACUGGCAGCUAGGAAGAGACAUGAGCUUGUGGAGAGAGCAUGCUCAGAUCCUUUCACACAAAAUCUGGUCAAUGGGGCCUGGAGGAUAGUUACUGGAGCAAAGUCAGCAAGAAUUCUCUGGACAAAAUCCUUCCAAAGCUGAAGUGCCAUUUCACAUGGAACUUAUUUAAGGGAGAAAGUAUCUCACAUGAUCUAGAAGAUAGAGUGUGUAACCAGAUUGAAUUUUUAAAUACUGAGUUCAAACCUACAAUGUACAACUUAUUGGCCUACGUAAAACACCUUAGAGGCCAAAAUGAGGCGGCCCUGGAAUGCUUGGGGCAAGCUGAAGAGUUGAUCCAGCGAGAGCACAGUGACCAAGCAGAAAUCAGGAGCCUGGUCACCUGGGGAAACUAUGCCUGGGUCUACUACCACCUGGGCAGACUCUCAGAAGCUCAGACUUAUGCAGACAAGGUGAAACAAGUAUGUGAGAAGUUUUCAAAUCCUUACAGUAUUGAGUGUCCUGAGCUAGACUGUGAAGAAGGGUGGACACGGUUAAAGUGUGGAGAAAGGCAAAAUGAAAGGGCAAAGGUGUGUUUUGAGAAGGCUCUGGAAGAGAAACCUGAUGACCCAGAAUUCUCCUCUGGACUGGCGAUCGCGAUGUACUGUCUGGAUAAAAAACCACAGAACCAGUUCUCAGUCAAGGUUCUGAAACAGGCUAUUGAGUUGAGUCCUAACAAUGAGUAUAUCAAAGUUCUCUUGGCCCUGAAAUUGCAGAAGAUGAAUGAAAAGGCUGAAGGGGAGCAGUUGGUUGCAGAGGCCCUGGAGAAAGCGCCUUGCCAAACAGAUGUCCUUUGCAGUGCAGCCAAAUUUUACAAAAGAAAAGGUGAUUUAGACAAAGCUAUUGAACUGUUUUUAAAGGCACUGGAAUCCUUACCAAACAAUGGCUACCUUCAUUACCAGAUCGCAUAUUGCUAUAAGGCAAAAGUCAAACAGAUUCAGAAUACAGGAGAAUUGGAAACAAGUGGGCAUAGAGAAAAAAUUGAAGGACUAAGAAAAUGUGCUGUGGGUUAUUUGACUAAAACUAUUGAAAAGGGCCUAGAUCCUCAGAGUGUACAUCCUGAUCUCAUUGGGCUCUUGGAAACAGAAGAAAAUCGUCAGAUAGUAAUAGAUGGUAAGGAGCUCCCUAGCACUGAGAGGCAACAACUCUAUCAGCGCUAUUCCAUCUUUCGGGCAUACUGUGAGAAGUCGGAAGACACUGCUGUCCAACAUUAUUCAGAGGGUUUGCCCAUAACCACAGUAUCAACUGAGAAGGAAAAGAUGAAAUACCAACUACAAAACAUAGGUGAAAAUCAGCUUCCACGAAAUGCACCAAAUUCUUGGUAUCUCCAAGGAUUAAUCCACAAGCUGAAUGGAGAUCUGCUACAAGCAGCCAAAUGUUAUGAGAAGGCAUUGGGCCAUGUACUAAGGAACAGCCCAUCAGGCAUAGGCAGCCUUUUCCUGUCAGCGUCUGAGCUUGAAGGAGGCAGUGAGGAAAUGGGUCAGGAUGCAGAGCUCUGCUCUCGGAGAACUCCCUGACCCCUGAGCUGAAACUGAGAGGAGGGAAAUGAACUGUCAGGGAGCCUGGAAUGGUGGUCAUGCUGGGGAGGUGGGUAGGAAGGCAGAAGUUCCCCUAUCUGAGCUUGUUGAACAAAGUAGUUGUGCUUACUGCUUUAAGGAACAUUUUAGAGAGUUGUUUUCUCAUAUCUGGCUCCUUUGUCCAUACCAGCCACACAGAGUUCUCUAGUCUCUAGGUCUUACAACAAAUUACUAGUAGAAGUACUGCUUCCAGCCUGCAUGAUACUGAUUAGUUCUCAGUUUGCAUUCAGUUCACCAGAUAUUCCCUAUUUCUGCCCUUCUUGCCAAGGAUCAUAAGAGGUGACAGUCUACCAAGAAUCUCAUGUCCUUUACCCCAUUACUAUCUAGACUUCUGGGCCUCCUGGGAGACUAGCUUUUGACUAACCCUGGAAUAUUCCUUAUGUCCUGCCCUUGGCUUUAGCCAUGUAUUUAUAUGUAUUCUUGAUAGUGAUACUACCAUAAACAUGUAUUCUUGAUAGUAAUGCUACAAUAAAUUUAAAAAUGUCAACUCAG